AUGGCUUUACUUGAUAUUCAACUGCGUCCUUCUCAAUCAGUACAGUUGAAGAGUCCACCUACAACUGCAACAACUGCAACAUCAACUUCUACUGUGCUACCAAAGUUUGAAGAUACAUUCAAAGCAGCAAAUGGUGAAGACUUGACUGUAGUUCAGCAGCAGCAGCAGCAGCAGCAGCAGCAGCAACAUCAGCAACUGCAGCAACUGAAUACAGCUGCAAAUGAAGCAACCGGAACUGAAGAUAACCACCACAGUUUUCUUCACCACGCAGAGUUCAGAACGAGCCAUGUCAAGGAGUCAGCGACAACACCAGCUUCUGCCUUGUCUACCCCACCUGCAGUAAGACCUAAAGUGGAGUAUGAAUCUAGUGGUAAACCAUCUACUUUCCAAUCUCCAAGUUACAAGACUGGUGACAUUAUUUCUCACCCUUUGCCAACUCCACCAUCAAAGUUGAAGAGUCACGAAUCACCAUCUUUACCAUCACUUGGAUCCAAUAAUGAAAGUGGUUCGUUUCCCAAGCCAACAGAUAACACCAAUUUACCAAUAGCCAAUCACCACUCUAAUGCUACUGCAAAACAACAACCGCAGCAGCCCUCCACUUCCCAAGUAAGCAACGAAAAUGGCUCGUCAUCAUCAUCAAGAACUAAUUUAUCAAGUCCCGUUUGUCGAAAUUGCAAGACGCAAACUACACCAUUAUGGCGAAGAGAUGAAACUGGUCAAGUGUUGUGUAAUGCAUGUGGCUUGUUUCUCAAAUUGCAUGGACGACCAAGACCAAUUAGUUUGAAAACUGACACAAUCAAGUCAAGAAAUAGAGUUAAACAAAAUGGUGCAGGAGGAACUCAUUCUUCAAAGGCAGGAGCAUCAGCGUCUUCAACAAAUAAUCCUGAAUUGAAAUCAAAAGAUUCCAAAUCUGGUAGAAAAUCUCCUAAACUGAAAAAGUACAAGAAUGGUGUAUCUGGUAACUCAAACGGUGUAGAGUAUACACCACUUUUACCAGCAUCUACCACUACUACUACCAGUGCCAAUGCCAACUCACCAGCAAUUUUCAAACAAGAUGGAACCGGCAACAACAUUAGCAACAAUAAUAAUGGUGCUUCCGGGUCUCAUUCAUUUAACAACUUGACUUCAAUAAAUGGAAAUGGAUACUAUCAACAACGCUCGUUGCACCAUACACCACAUUUCCCACCACAUUUACCGAACCACGUGUUGCAAGCACACCAACAAGUGCCUUUACAUUACCCGUCGUCAACUCCAACUCAAUUCGCUCCUGGAUUAAGAAGAAUUACCUCACCAUUGAUGCUUUCAACAACUACAUCGUCAUCUGCAGUGAGAAAUGAACCCAUAGCGGGAGGAACUACAACAACCACCACUGGCACCAACGCCAACGCCAACGCCAACGCCAACACCACUUCUACAGUAAAUGCUUCGUCAACCGCGGAAUCGAAUUCAAUGCAUGCAGCAGCUGGGGUGUUGGAAAAUUUGUCGAAUGAACUAGGUCCAAGCGCCACAUUCAAACCAGAAUUUGGUAUUGGGUCUCGACAAAAGGGGAUAUCAUUGAUGAGUAAUAAGGAAAGACCUAGUGGAAGUGCAAUGUCAACUGCCACUGGCUCUUCGUCAUCGAUCUUCUCAAGUGUAACGCCACCUCAAUUGCCACGUUUACCAGCGCUAAGCACAAAGUCACCGGCUUUUUCAGCUGUACAAUCAAGAUCAUCAACACCCACAUUGCCACCUUUGCAUAAGGUUGCUACUGGUGAGAUAACCUUGCCCUCAUUGAAUAGUUUUACUACUCAACUGCAUGUACAGCUGCUUCCACAUCAAAAUCAACAACAGUCAUCAUCAUCUAUUGUAGCUCCCCCACAUCAACAACAAAUUGGCUCAGAGCAACCUUCACAUACUCCUAGUCGUGAUGAAACCCCCAGAGGAGAUGACGAUAAAACAUUUAAGGACCGUGACAACAGCAACAGCAACAGCAACAACAACAGCAACAACAACAGUAAUGGCAACAGUAAUGGCAACAACAGUAACAACAACAACAACAAUGGAUCCAACACCAAUCCCAAUCAUGAAGUCACCAUUUUGAAAACGCGAAUUUCUGAACUAGAACUCGUUAACGACUUGUAUCGUACACGCAUAAUGGAACUAGAAGCAAUGGAACACGCAGCAAGGUUACGGGAAACAUCAAUGAGGAAAAGAUUAGAAGAAGCUGUUGAAUUACAAGCUAGCCAAUUGGAUGAAUACAACCGUAAACAAGAAUUGAACGCGUCACGAUUUGGCGUUGGAUCAGGACAACGAUUAUUGUAUCAUCGCCCUAAUGAUCCGGAAAUUGCUGCUGCUGUGUCGAAUGCCAAAGUUGUCGGGUACCAGCUGUAUUUACCUCAAGGUGAUCAACAAAUGGCACAAGCUCAACGUCUGGGGAUUCAAUUGAGUGAACGAUUGGGUCAGUCGCAAAAGCAACAGCAGCAGCGAGAUGUUGGGGAAUCGAGAUCUGGAUCAAGUAGUAGAUCCAACACACCAAAACCAGGAGAGGUUCCAACACAUGAUAAAUCGGCUGAUACUGGGUUCAAACUCCCUUCAUUAAAGAGAGAUAAUGAAAAUGCGUCAUCUACAACUCAAGGUAAGGAAAAGAAGUCGAAAUUGAAAUAA